CCUCAUUACCAAGAAGACUUUCUCCCACAACCAGAAGGCCCGUCGGAGCUGGAGUUACCCAUGGCGGCCUUCACGGGCCACUCUGCAUAGCCAUGUUACACUUUACUGGAAGAUCCGAACAAACAAUUAAGGCUUCUCGUGGAGCAGUUUGCUCGAGACACUGAGAGAUCAUGCUCCAAGAUGGAUCUUCAAAUCAAAGCCCUUGCUGCUUCCGAUCCCUCAUUUGUCCAUGAUAUGGAGGAGAUUGUUCAGCGCUUAGCGAAGCAAACAGAGUGGGUGGAGCAAGUUUGCUCACAUCUUGCUCAAGAUCACCUUUCUGCUACCACGCUAGAAGAGGUGGAGGAUGACAAAGGCUAUGGGGAUGUUGAGGAGCAUACAGAAGUUAUCACAGAGAACUCCCAUGAUAAUCAUGAUCAGGAAAGUCCUCUGGUUGUAGAUCACACAAUUCCUUAUUUCUGCUCUAACAUGCCGGGCCCGAGCGAGGAGAUGCAAGAUGAUCUCAUUGAAGAAAUUACAUGGCGACUUGCUCUCCAAUCUGUGCUAGAAGAAGAAGAGCAAGAAAGGGUGCAGAAAGAAGUUGUGGAGGAUGAAGAAAGUGAAGCAGGAGGAGUUGUUGAUCAUUUCCCAGGGGUGAUACCACAUGAAGAAGAAAGGGGGGUUGAAGAAGCAAUUGGCGUCCAAGCUGAGAACAGAGUUAAGGUGGAAGAGGCCUGCACCGGCCAUGAGUUGCAAGUGAUAUCCCCACCAAACUUUGAGGAACUGCUUAGCAAGGACCCAUUUGCAGUGUCUCUUUGCCAGACCAAGGCCACAUCAACAUCGGUCCCUCUUGGUGGACACGAUGGUGGCCAAUCGAUGCUGUCAUAUCUGGUUUGGGGCAAUGAGACGAGAGAAGAGAAGAAGAGGUCUCGAGGGUGGAGACUUCAUCUGCAUCAAGUACAUGAGCCUUCAUCACCUGCCACACCACAUGCUCGUGACUUGAGACUCCACCUCAUCGACGAGAACCUCAACUUCAAGGAGGUUCUAGCAUGGACCGAAACUUAGGAGCCAUCGUCCGGCUCACGACGUGAAAGAAGCGCUUGUUGGGAGGCAACCCAACCAGUCGGUUUGCAUUUCUUUCUCUAUUUCUCCUCGGUUGAGUCAGUUUUGUUAUUUGAUUUUAGAGUCAAUAACUCAACCUUUGUGAGAUUUUGUGUGGUGUUUGUGGUCUGACCACUCUCUCCUCCUGGAAUACACCGCCUGCCCUGUCCACCAUCAUUCACCCUGGAUCUGGUAACUUCGUUCUACCCACCUUAUCUUUCCUCCAUUGAGGACAAUGUCGUGCUUAAGUGUGGGGGGAUGUUCGAUUAUGUAUGCGGGUGAAUGUUUGGCUGUUUGUGUGCUUGGAGCCUAGUCCACUGUCCAAAUUUUUAAAUUUGAGGGCUCCAAGUACGUGUUUCCUUGCAAAUUGCCUGCUCAGUAUGCUUUGAAUUGACAGUCUCUAUAUUAAUGUGCAACCUAGGGAGGUAGUGUAGCACUAUGGAGGAUGUUGAAGUAUAAGAUUUUUCCUAUCUAGCUCUCUGCUGUGCUAGUAGAUUUUGUGAAUUAGUGGAGCUAAGACCGUUGAAUUCAUGUGGUAAUGGUGACUAUGUUUGGAUUGUGUUAUGGACUCGUGUAUCGAACAGGGUGCUCAUGUGAAAAAUGAAAAGCAGUUGGUCCUCCAUGUCAAAAUCAUAAAAUCUUAAACAUGGG